GGUAACUGAGGAUAGUUUCUCUUCUCCGGAGGCAAGCGAGUCGAAUAAUAAUCAUAGGCCACGGAGUAUUGUCCAGUAAUGCUUCUAUAGAGGCGAUGGGUGCGCUUAUAAAUGUAGGACAGAGUCCUUCGAUGCGGGCUGUUAAGGAAGAGCAAAUGUUCCGAGAGCUUGGGUAUCUUGUGGCGCCGAAUCCUCUGGAUGAGCUAGAAAGACGAAGAGCGUUGUACAAGUUCAACAUCUGGAACACAGGAUCUGAUUUGAACUUCGAUCGUAUUGCCCAUUUAGCCAAGCUAGUCUUCAACACGAAGGGCGUUUUCAUCAGUCUUUUGGAUGGGAACGAGCAGUGGUUCAAAUCAGAAUGGGGUCUCAAGAUGAACUCUUACAGCCGAGUACAAUCCUUCUGUGCGCAUGCUAUCCUGCAACGUAACGAUGAACCGAUGGUUAUAUUAGACACCUUGCAGGAUUGGCGUUUUGCUAAUAAUCCCAAUGUCUUGAACGCCCCGUGUAUACGGUUUUAUGCCGGGGCUCCUCUUCGAACCCAAGAUGGUCAUAACGUUGGGAGUCUUGCAGUUAUUGACGACGCUCCCCGAGAAGAAUUCACACCCAGGCAUCGGCAUACUCUCAAGGAGUUUGCAGCAAUUGCCAUGAGAGAAAUGGAGUUAUGGAGAGACAAGAUACAACUGCGUAUCCGUGACCGUAUUCAGAACUCGAUGGAGCAAUUUAGCCGUGAAUGCCUGGAAAUCGACAUGGAACAGCAGGACCCACAAAGCCCCCAGGGUUCUCCAGCAAGUGCCUAUGAAGAGCAAUCUUCUAACCCUAGCCUAUCGAUGUCCGGGUCUUCAAUGGAAAGGGUGUACGAUCGAGCUGCAAAGCUUGUUCAGCGCACUCUGGACGUUGAAGGCGUUAUUGUCAUGGAUGUGUCGCACUGUGAGGUUCUCGAGAAUAUGUCCGGAGAAAGUACGGUUAAUGUGGUCAUGCAUCAUGGUGAUCCCGACGUGACGGAGACCACGACGAAGAGUCUGACUGCAGACGAAUACGCGAAGCUAAAUGUUUUCUUCGCAAAGAAUCCCGAUGGUAAAAUUAGUGAGGGUAUUGUUCCUCAGAGUUUUCGGCUGUUCUUGCCGACUACAAGGAUCCAGUACGCGCUUACCGUUCCAAUCUAUAACAUUGACAAGAGGCCGUUUGCCUUGCUCUGUGCAUACAAUGCUUCAGAACAUACUAAGAGAUUCUUGGAAGGCCACGAGUUAUCGUAUCUUCGAGCCAUCGGCGUAAUCAUUCUAUCCGCGGUACUUAAACGGAGGAUGCUGCUUGCUGACAAAGCUAAAAGCUUAUUUAUAUCGAAUAUUUCUCAUGAACUUCGUACGCCGUUGCAUGGGAUUCUCGCGGCUGCGGAACUUCUUGGCGAGCUAGAUCUGAAUCACACUCAACUUUCAUUUUUGCAGACAGUGCAAGCCUGUGGGACGUCCUUGGUCGAAACUGUCAAUCACGUUCUCGACUUCACCAAGCUGAGCGGCAACUCAAAAGCUGGCGGUGUAGAAAAUGUAAUAAUCCCAACCAAAGUCGAUCUGAUGCAAUUAGUCGAAGACGCUGUCGACGGAUGUUGGAUCGGACAUUGCGCCCGUACAGCCAUAAUGGAAGAUACUGGGACUGGAAUUGGCAGUGUGUACUCCCCGCCAAAAGAAGAUGAAGGCCAGACGAGAAAACAUGUUGAGGCAGUCAUAGAUAUUGGGCCACGCUUAGAGGGCUGGGUACUUAAGUGCGAGAAAGGUGGUAUAAGAAGAGUCUUGAUGAAUAUUUUCGGCAACAGCUUGAAGUUCACGUCAAAUGGCUUUGUACAUGUCAUCCUUCGUGAAUUGCCACCAGCAGAAGAUGAUCCUCCCAACAAGAUCAAGGUAGAGCUAGCUGUACACGAUACGGGAAAGGGUAUCAGUCAAAAUUUCUUGAAGAACCAACUUUUCCAUCCCUUUUCGCAAGAGAACCCGCUUCAAACUGGAACUGGUUUGGGCCUUGCCAUUGUCAACAGCAUUGUCACUUCAGACAGUGUCGGUGGCAAGGUCGAUGUUUGGAGCGAAGAAAAUGUUGGAACAGAGAUCAAAAUUACGUUCCCGGUCGAGGUUGUUGAAGCCGAUGAGGUAGUGGAAAUGGGUCAUUUGAGACUAGAUGAUGUCAAUCCCUCGCCGACUGUGUCGCUCGUUGGUUUCGAAGAUCCUCAUAAAGGGAUACGACUUAUGCGUUCCGUUCUCAAGACAUACAUCACGAAGUGGUGGGGAUUAGAGAUUCUAGAGAACCAUGAUGGUGAACUUGGAAACAUCGUCAUCCUCAAUGAAGACGUCAGUGUGGUGGUGAAGGCGACGCAAAGACACGAUACUAGUCGUCCUUUCGUUGUCCUUUCAGCCUUAAGAGGCAACCCAACUAUGAUGUCGGCUGCCAGUGACCAUGAGCUCAUUGGUGGUUUCUGUCGUAUCAUUUAUAAACCUGGGGGACCGUCUCGAAUACGAUCUGUGCUUCGACUCUGCCUACAUGCUAUGAAGAUCGGGUCGAAAAGCUCACAUCCUUCCUUAUUUGAAGAGCGCCAAGUCAGCAAUCAAUCUUUCGUACAUAACGGUGCUUUAUCCGCUGCCAACACCAUUGUACCGAGACGUUAUUCCGAAGACUCGCACCUUCUCACCCCCCGACCAUCUAUGAGUCCUCGAAGCACUACGGCGCAUCCUAAUGGAUCUUCUUCGUGGAAAAUGCCCACAUCUACCGUAGUAGAGGAAAAAACUGAUUUGUCGGAUCCCGACACUAACGAACCAACCAUUACGUUGGAUUCAGGUGGGACUCUGUUGAAGUCGUCGAUCAGGUCUAUCGACACCCAGCUUCAAAAAAUUAGAGUGUUAUUAAUCGAAGACAACAGUGUUUUACGAGGACUACUCGUUAAAUGGUUAUCCAAAAAGGGGUUCUAUUAUCGGGAUGCCGUAGAUGGACGAGACGGCGUAAACGCAUAUGAAAAGGAUGGACCAUUCGAUGUCGUGCUUUUGGAUCUUUCGAUGCCGGUGUUGGAUGGUAUUGGUGCCACAGCCGAAAUACGCAGGAUAGAGAGCGGCUUCACGGCAGAAUUCUCACAUCGACGCAGCCGAAUACUUGCGUUGACUGGCAUGUCAUCUCUGGAAGACAAGCGAAGGGCUUUCGAUGCAGGAGUCGACGGCUAUUUAGUGAAACCGGUACUAUUCAGCACAUUAAACGAAGUUUUUUCCAAGUUAGGGAUAUCAUGAUCUCAGCCUAUUCCUAUUCCUCUUUUUCGCGUUUAACAAUUUAUCUACGGGUUGGACGCAACCUAGGUAAUAAACGCACGCACGAUUUUGUAGCAUCACUUUGCAUUCGCACAAUAUCUAUAUUAUCAAAC